AUGUCAAACUUUAACUUGGCUUCUCUCCCUCCUUCCAUGAUUCAUAAGAUUCUAUCAAAGGUAGAAACAAGCCAUAUCCGGGACUUCGGUAGUGAAAGAGUUGAUUUCUCCGGGUUCAAUCAAAUUGGCAGAGGAGAAUACUUCUACCGAUUUGCAGAUCUCUUUAACUUGAAUGGCUGGAUUGAUGAGGCUAAUGCUGUUAGGACAUUCAGACUUAGGUGCUAUCAAUCCGUUAAUCUAGAGGCCAUCUACAUGCGAGGCAUGUAUGAGUUCUUUGUCCUCCAUUUACUUGAUGAAGGAAGGGAAAAAUUCCAUCUUGCUAGUGAGAGAGGAUUUUUGUUGGCCAAGUAUGUAGAUGGAAUGAUGAACUUAGCGAUUAGUGUUGAUGAUAGAGGAUUGGUUCACAACUAUCCUAGCUUUAGUCGAGAUUUUUUUGAUCGGAUGAAUUACAUGAUCACGACUUCGGUAUUCUUAGGGCAUUGGAAUUACGAAAAACCUGAGGUGUUUAUGUGUAUACUGGAAAGAAUAGAUCUCAACGUCUUACAUAAUUGUUGGUGCUCCGCAGUAAUAGAACCGGUGUUUGUAGUCUCCUUAGAUGGAUCUAGAACACGGUGGAGAUGCAAUCAUUGUUUCUGGCAAUGUGCAGCUUGA